AUGAAGCUCUACGCCCUCGCCAUCCCCACGAUCCUUGCCUGCUGCCUCCUGGCCGCUCAGGCGGCGCCCGAGAAGAAGGGCGGCCUCAAGGCCCGCCCACUCGUGGAGCAGCCGGAUGCCAAGGCGGGAGUGGGAGUGGGCGUGGCCAUGGCAGGCGGUUCGGGAGCCAGCGCCGCCGCAGGAGCAGCCAGCAAGGACCCCUCCAGCGGUCGGCUCUUCCUCAAGAAGUUCCUCACGUUCAAGAACCUGUUCAGCAGCAACAACCAGCCGGUGAUCCCGAUCAUCAUCACUGGAGCGGGAACCGGUACCACCACCGGCACCACCAGCCCGACUUCGCCCACGGUAACGGUGACCUCGACGGGCACAAUACCCACGGCGACGGGCACGAUCACCACCUCGCCAACGACGCCCACGACGUCGCCUACAACGACUGCCCGCCAGACGGUAGUGAAGGGCGCCCGCUACGGCAACGACGACCAGGAGCAGGAGCAGGACCUGGAGCAGGACCAGGAGCAGGCCGACGACCAGGAGCGGGAGCAGGAGGCCGAGAGGGAGCCGGAGCAGGCCCAGCUGGCCGCCCAGGCCUACCCCGCCGAGCUGAUGGACGAGCAGGCGCUGCAGGCCGCGCUGGCCGCCGGCGCCCAGGAGUACGAGGUGGUCACCGAGCCGGAGCUGCAGGGCACCGGGGGCGCCGGCGAGAGCAAGGCCCAGCAGGGCGGCAGCCGCAUCAGCCUGCGCCGCAAGGGCGCCCGCCGCGGCCAGGUGAUCAGCGUGCGCAUCCCGCCGCGCUACCGCCGCUACUUCAAGAACGGCCAGAAGGUCAUGCUCAACACCGGCAGCCGGCCUUCCACGAAGCGGCGCGUGGUGCGCAAGCGCGUGCCCGCCAAGAAGAUCAAGAAGAACCGCAACAACAACCGGCGGCGCAACGGCAACAAGAAGAACCGCCGCAACCGCAACAAGAACCGCCGCACCCGCAUCGCCGCCGUCUGA